GAGAAGACCGAACCAAGAUGCACCAGACGAGCUGACCUUUGCACUUGACUACUUUGCCCCUCCAAACCUAUGCUAUCUCCUACACCUCGCUCUCUGAUUCUUCAUCGACGCUCUCAACACUUCUGCUACUGCUGCUGUGCAUCACUGCAAACACGUACGCUAUGCUCUCUCGCGUGGUCCCCGACAAUGCUCCUCCUUGGCUGCGCUCCACCUCACUGAACAACCUCGACAUCGACUUUCAACUGCUGCGAAAUCGCCUCCUGCGUUCCUACUCUUCAAUCGCCCGUGCGAACGUCGCUCUUUCUGACGACUCUUUUGGCCGAUGUAGUGGAAACAAGAUCUCGAAUCUGACUUUCUACGACCUCAAAUCAGCAUGGACCCAAGCCAAGAAUUAUGCUCUCAACAUCUCGGACAUCGAGGCGAAAGUAAACGAGGCUACCAGUGAUGACCCAUGGGGAGCCUCCUCGACUCUGAUGCAGGAGAUUGCAGGAGCCACCCAGAAUUUCCAGGACUUCAAUGAGAUCAUGCCGGCCAUCUUCCGAAAUUUUAUGGAGAGGGAGGCUAGGGAAUGGAGACAGAUCUACAAGUCUCUCACCCUGCUCGAGUACCUCACCAAGCAUGGCUCUGAGCGUGUCGUAGACGAUGCCAGGGCGCAUUUGGGUACGAUCAAAAUUCUGCGGAACUUCCACUACAUCGAUGAAGCCGGCAAGGACCAGGGUCUGAAUGUGCGCAAUCGAGCCAAAGAGCUGUCAGAGCUACUUUCUGACGUAGACCGCAUCCGACAAGAACGUCGCAAAGCGCGAGCAAAUCGCCAAAAGUAUCAAGGCGUCAGCAAUUCGGACUUUGUCCCAGGCUCUGGCGGAGGUCGUUAUGGAGGCUUUGGUAGUGAUAGCUUCAAUGCCGGUGGAGGAGCCGUUGGAACUAGUAGUGGAGCUGGCGCAUAUCCCGGUGGCGCAGCAGCACGGGAGAGCUUCGACGAGUACGAUGCCGGUGACGACGACGUUGCAGGUUCUGCCCCCCGACGGUCCACUGCGUCAAGAUCAUCUGCAUCUGUGCAGAGCAGCAGCCGAGGAGCGGCAGCCCCGCCAAAGAAGAAGGCGCCCGAGGCCAAAGUAGCGGACCUCUUCAGCUUCGAUGAUGACGAGCCAGCUGCUGCUCCCGCUGCUCCGCAGACUGCAGACGCCUUCGGCGAUGACUUCGACGACUUCCAAGGCGCUCCUUCCGCAGCUCCUGCCAAGCAAGCAGCGUCGAGAGCCGCUCCACCUCCUGCCCCGAAGGCAUCGGGAGGGGACAUUUUCGACUUCCUAGGUGGAGACAACGGCAGCAGCAGCUCGGCUCCUACCAGCUCCGUCACGUCUCCUUCUGCUCGCCCUUCGACAAGCAGCGUCCUCUCGCCUUCCUCUCUCCGACCCACAAUGCAAACCGCGUCUUCUAGUGCAUCCCUGCCUGCAGCCCAAGCCACCCUUCCCUCACAGCAAGGCGCUCGUCCCUCAACAUCCAGCAAACCAGCGACCUCGUCUGGUCUUUCGGGUUUCGACGAUCUCUGGGCCUCGAGCGCAGGGUCAUCCAAACGCUCAGCUGCUGGAAACGGUAAGAAGACAAUGGCCGAUCUGGCCAAGGAGAAGACCGGAGCUGGCGUUUGGGGAGGUGGAGCAUCCUCCGGUGGCGCACAACAGCAGCAGCAGCAAAAGAAGGACGUCUUUGACUUCCUGUGACGUGUUCGUCGGAUGGCGAUCGUAGUUCCCAUCGAUUCGCCUGACCUCUUCUCGCCGGCCCGCUCCCUGUGUCCUUGUCGCUCUCGUUUCUCGUCCUCAACUACAAUUUAUUGCUCGUGCAAUGAACCGAUCCGAAUUCGCAGCUCGUUUUCUUGGUGAAUGCACCCCUGUCUGUGCGCGAUGAGGGCCGGGAGCGGCGGCUGUACCCCUUUCGGGGCUCGGGAAGUGACCACCCCUAUCG